AUGAAGAACCUGGAGACUCCAAACCCUGGAGUACGCUCCAGGCUAGAAUUCCUCCCUUCAACAAAAUCGAAUGCUUGUUUUGGUACUCCACAUAGAUUUAUAAAAGUACUCUUUGAUCUUUUCUUAUAUCUACGACUUUCAAAGGAUUAUAAGAUGCAGAUUUUUGUGAAAACUCUUACGGGGAAAACAAUUACACUAGAAGUCGAGCCUUCCGAUACCAUUGAGAAUGUCAAAGCUAAGAUUCAAGACAAGGAGGGUAUUCCACCAGAUCAGCAGCGUUUGAUCUUUGCUGCUAAGAUUCAGGACAAGGAGGGCAUUCCCCCAGACCAGCAGCGUCUGAUUUUUGCUGGUAAGCAAUUGGAAGAUGGUCGCACUCUCUCAGAUUAUAACAUUCAGAAAGAAUCAACUCUGCAUCUUGUAUUGCGUCUGAGAGGUGGAAUGCAAAUCUUUGUAAAGACCCUUACUGGUAAAACAAUUACUCUGGAAGUUGAACCAUCAGAUACCAUUGAAAAUGUCAAAGCUAAGAUUCAGGACAAGGAGGGCAUUCCCCCAGACCAGCAGCGUCUGAUCUUUGCCGGUAAACAAUUGGAAGAUGGCCGCACACUUUCAGACUAUAAUAUCCAAAAGGAAUCUACUCUGCAUCUUGUAUUGCGUCUGAGAGGUGGAAUGCAAAUCUUUGUAAAGACCCUUACUGGUAAAACAAUUACUCUGGAAGUUGAGGCAUCAGAUACCAUUGAAAAUGUCAAAGCUAAGAUUCAGGACAAGGAGGGCAUUCCCCCAGACCAGCAGCGUCUGAUCUUUGCCGGUAAACAAUUGGAAGAUGGCCGCACACUUUCAGACUAUAAUAUCCAAAAGGAAUCUACUCUGCAUCUUGUAUUGCGUCUGAGAGGUGGAAUGCAAAUCUUUGUAAAGACCCUUACUGGUAAAACAAUUACUCUGGAAGUUGAACCAUCAGAUACCAUUGAAAAUGUCAAAGCUAAGAUUCAGGACAAGGAGGGCAUUCCCCCAGACCAGCAGCGUCUGAUUUUUGCUGGUAAGCAACUGGAAGAUGGCCGUACACUUUCAGACUAUAAUAUCCAAAAGGAAUCUACUUUGCAUCUUGUCUUGCGUCUCAGGGGUGGAAUGCAAAUCUUUGUAAAGACCCUUACUGGUAAAACAAUUACUCUGGAAGUUGAACCAUCAGAUACCAUUGAAAAUGUCAAAGCUAAGAUUCAGGACAAGGAGGGCAUUCCCCCAGACCAGCAGCGUCUGAUUUUUGCUGGUAAGCAAUUGGAAGAUGGUCGCACUCUCUCAGAUUAUAACAUUCAGAAAGAAUCAACUCUGCAUCUUGUAUUGCGCCUGAGAGGUGGAAUGCAAAUCUUUGUAAAGACCCUUACAGGUAAAACAAUUACUCUGGAAGUUGAGGCAUCAGAUACCAUUGAAAAUGUCAAAGCUAAGAUUCAGGACAAGGAGGGCAUUCCCCCAGACCAGCAGCGUCUGAUCUUUGCCGAUACCAUUGAAAAUGUCAAAGCUAAGAUUCAGGACAAGGAGGGCAUUCCCCCAGACCAGCAGCGUCUUAUUUUUGCUGGUAAGCAACUGGAAGAUGGCCGUACACUUUCAGACUAUAAUAUCCAAAAGGAAUCUACUUUGCAUCUUGUCUUGCGUCUCAGGGGUGGAAUGCAAAUUUUUGUAAAGACCCUUACUGGUAAAACAAUUACUCUGGAAGUUGAGGCAUCAGAUACCAUUGAAAAUGUCAAAGCUAAGAUUCAGGACAAGGAGGGCAUUCCCCCAGACCAGCAGCGUCUGAUCUUUGCUGGUAAGCAAUUGGAAGAUGGUCGCACUCUCUCAGAUUAUAACAUUCAGAAAGAAUCAACUCUGCAUCUUGUAUUGCGUCUGAGAGGUGGAAUGCAAAUCUUUGUAAAGACCCUUACUGGUAAAACAAUUACUCUGGAAGUUGAACCAUCAGAUACCAUUGAAAAUGUCAAAGCUAAGAUUCAGGACAAGGAGGGCAUUCCCCCAGACCAGCAGCGUCUUAUUUUUGCUGCUAAGAUUCAGGACAAGGAGGGCAUUCCCCCAGACCAGCAGCGUCUUAUUUUUGCUGGUAAGCAACUGGAAGAUGGCCGUACACUUUCAGACUAUAAUAUCCAAAAGGAAUCUACUUUGCAUCUUGUCUUGCGUCUCAGGGGUGGAAUGCAAAUUUUUGUAAAGACCCUUACUGGUAAAACAAUUACUCUGGAAGUUGAGGCAUCAGAUACCAUUGAAAAUGUCAAAGCUAAGAUUCAGGACAAGGAGGGCAUUCCCCCAGACCAGCAGCGUCUUAUUUUUGCUGGUAAGCAACUGGAAGAUGGCCGUACACUUUCAGACUAUAAUAUCCAAAAGGAAUCUACUUUGCAUCUUGUCUUGCGUCUCAGGGGUGGAAUGCAAAUUUUUGUAAAGACUCUUAUGGUAAAACAAUUACUCUGGAAGUUGAGGCAUCAGAUACCAUUGAAAAUGUCAAAGCUAAGAUUCAGGACAAGGAGGGCAUUCCCCCCAGACCAGCAGCGUCUGAUCUUUGCUGGUAAGCAAUUGGAAGAUGGUCGCACUCUCUCAGAUUAUAACAUUCAGAAAGAAUCAACUCUGCAUCUUGUAUUGCGUCUGAGAGGUGGAAUGCAAAUCUUUGUAAAGACCCUUACUGGUAAAACAAUUACUCUGGAAGUUGAACCAUCUGAUACCAUUGAAAAUGUCAAAGCUAAGAUUCAGGACAAGGAGGGCAUUCCCCCAGACCAGCAGCGUCUUAUUUUUGCUGGUAAGCAACUGGAAGAUGGCCGCACACUUUCAGACUAUAAUAUCCAAAAGGAAUCUACUUUGCAUCUUGUGUUGCGUCUCAGGGGUGGAAUAUUUAGUAACCAAAAGCCACACUUGGUGAAAAUACAA